CAAGGCUCUUCCUGGCAAGAUGAAUCCUACUGGCUUCUUCCUCCUUACAUUGCUCCUGGUUCUGGUGACAGAAACAGCUUCAAGGAAAACCCGUGAAAAAUUCUCACAAGCCUCUGACGACAACAUUGAUCUAAAGGCACUGGGGGGCAGCGGAGGAUCUAGUUCUUCCCAUGAAGAAUACAGCAGCAGUGAGGGCUCAUGGAGCUCCUUUAAGUCAAGAAGUCUCGAACCCACCACCUUCGAUCUUGAAGCUUAUGAUGAGAGGAAGCAUAAACACACUGCUGACAACGGCAAUCUUGGUUACAAGACCAGAGGAUCUCAAAGAGAAGACAUGAGCUCUUUCAAAAGCAGAAUGAAAACCCGGAUUGCUGGUAAAUAAUGUGUCCACUGGCAGCUGAAGACCUGAACCAAUAU